GGUUUCAAAUGAUGUGUAGGGGCUGAAAACAAGUUAUGAUUUAGUGAGUAGUAAUAAAAUCAUAAUAUAGUCAAUAAACUAAUCUGUAACUCACAACUGCAUGAAUUAAGGCACUUAUCGAGAAAAACGUGCUGUGGUGAUUUACACAGUCAUGUUUCGAGACAGAAGAUUGACAAAUGGACCAGCAGGAAGAGGCAGAGGGGUGUUUCGACCUUCAGGCUUAAAACCCCGAGGCGCAAGAGGUGGCGGACACUUGUCUUCAGGAAGAGUAGUGAAGAAGGCCCAAGCGGCGAGAGCUGUAUCACCUCGGAAGAAAUUAGAGUCUCUCAAACUGAAACUAGCUGCUAAAGGAAUACAAUACGAUGCAAGUUAUAUUCAGAGACAAAGACAAAAGCAGCUACGGAAAGAUGAGAAUUCGUCAGCUGAUGCAGAAGAUGGGGCGUUGUACAAACAGAAGAUGUCAGUAACGCCAGAUCCUGAGCGUAAGUGUACUGAAAAUGAAAUGGAGAAAAUCCAAGAUGCACUUAUAGAGGCUCUCGAACCUCUAGAGGAUGGCUAUUUUCCACGGUUUUACGGUACGUACACGGUGAAGGGUGUGCUCGUCAUGUCGUGUGCCAACGAACAGACAAAACGGUGGCUGGAGAGGAUUGUACCCCAGUUGGAGCCGUGGGAGAGCGGAAAGCUCUGCGUAAAGCCUAGAGGAGAGGUCUCACAGGGGACGAAGGUGCUACUCAAGACACCAAAGUUGUUUGCCAAGACUGACCCCAAAAAGAUCUUGCAGAUGCUCAGCACUCAAAACAAGACCCUCGAGACCAACAUGUGGAAGAACGUCAGUGCGAAAUCGGAAGAUUCGGGCCAGACUCUGGUCUACGUAAUCGACAACCGGAGUCUCGAUGCCAUCCGGGCCUUGAACAAUAAAGUGUACCUCGGAUUAGGCAAUGUCGAGUUAGUUAUCUUAAAUGAUGAGGAGGAUAGCAAGCAGGCCUCUGCAGAUACAGAAAUCGAAAAUGAGGAAGAUGACAAGCAGACCUCUGCCGAUAAAGAGAUGAAAGAUCAGGAGGAUGACAAGCAGACCUCUGCCGAUACAGAGAUGAAAGAUCAGGAGGAUGACAAGCAGACCUCUGCCGAUACAGAGAUGAAAGAUCAGGAGGAUGACAAGCAGACCUCUGCCGAUACAGAGAUGAAAGAUCAGGAGGAUGACGAGCAGCCCUGCGUAGACACAGAAAUGAUUAAUGAGGAGGAGAAUGAUGAGCAGACCACUGCAGAUACAGAAAUGAAAAAUGUGGAGGAGAAUGACGAACAGACCACUACAGAUACAGAAAUGAAAAAUCAGGAGACGUCUGUAGGUACAGAAAUAAGAAAUGUGGACAGUGCUGACAAGCAGACCUCGUAGUUACAGGUGUUGCUCACACAGAAAGAAGUGAAGUUCAUACAUAAGGAAGAGAUGCAGUGUGUGUGUGUGUGUGUGUGUGUGUGUGUGUGUGUGUGGGGGGGGGGGGGGGGGGGGCACAGGCGCAUGUGCUUAAAAUUUCUGUGGGUAUGACUCAUGCUACUUCCCAUCAUAGUACAACCUUGUUUAUUUGGGUGUGUGACCAGAGGAAAACUUAAAAAACAAGAGAAGGUGGUAAUAUGAAUCAUAAUGUUGCGGACCUCAGGCCGAAAACUUUGACACUGCUCUUACUGUUGCUGUUCUUUUUUUUUAUGACUGGACUGCAUUUGAGCCUACAUAUUGAUGUCAAAACUGUCUCUCUCUAUACAGUUUUUCUCUCACACACUUUUAUUGAUUACCAAUUUAACAUUUCUGAUGCCUCAGGAUGUGUCCUGUCGGCUGAUCCCUUCCUUUAGUCAAGUUGUGCCAUAAGUUUUUGUUGUACCUGUUUCAGUUGAUUACUACUUCAUUAAUUAUAUGAGUGACUAUCUCAUCAUUAGUUAUCCAAUCUGCCCAUCACUCUUGAACAUUCUUCUGUAACAUUUUUUGUAACAUGUUUCACUUUUGUACAAGGCUAUUCUUCCCACUGCACACAUUAAAUUUAUAUUAAAUGUUUCUCAGGGAAUGUUUUCUUGCUAUGUCAGUCAUUUGUCACUUAUUUCAUAAGCCAGACAGCAAAACUUGCCAACUUUUUUACCAUUUUAUUUCCAAGUCUAACUCUCCCUGCAUCACCUAAUUUAAAUAGAAUGCAUUCCCUUAUUAUUUUUCUUUUAUUUGUGUUCAUCUUACACUAUCUAUCAAAGGUAGUAUCCAUUUCAAGGCUUACCAUUGGGAAAACAUAUGCUUCUUUCUUAUUUAAAAUUAUUUAGGUAACAAAAUUUACAGUUCGUUGAAAAGCAAAUACUACUCUCUUAGUGGUACUUUCAAUAGACUUGUUGAGCUGCAGUGGAGUACUGUGGAACGCAAUGUGUGCUACCUCCCUUACCCCCUGCUACAUCUUCUUUAUCUGUCGCGGUACCACAGGUACCGACCGAUGUUUCCCAUAUCUACAUCAGAGCAUCUUUAUUUGUCCAUAGAUUUAUAGAAAAUUACUUCAACCUUUUCAGACAAAUUUACUGAAAAUUGUAUGCUCACCACUGUAUUUAAAGGUUGUUUAAUGUAGGAAAUGAAAGUAAAAUUUUCAUCAAGAUCUAAUAGGGGUAAAUGAGAGCUAUAGAAACAAGGUUGUACCACAGCAGCAACAUGAGGUAUUUUAAUGUAGCCUUUGCAAGACAGAUAUGCACAAUUCUCAAUAUUUCCUCCUUAAUAAAGACUUUUUAAAAGUUCCUGUAUGUUAUACCUUUCCUAAAAAAAAUAAAGUGAAAUGUAAGCUGUUCUUUGUUAAUUUAUUAAUUGUGAAUGCACAAUUACUAGGAAAGGAAUGCCUUUUGCUAAGUUAGGCGCUACUAACAUAUAUGCUGUUUGCUCCUUGUGGUAUCCAGUGAGCUAGUGAUAUAAAGUAAAGUAAAGGGUCGACAAUAGGUUCGUGAACUUGCACCACUUAUUGCUCAAACCGCCCUUUUCCGAGCCAAAAAUACCCUUUUGGAAUGGGAAGAGUUAUCUCAACAUAUAAUACCGCACGACAUAAGCAAAUGAAAAUAAGCAAAGUAGAUCAAUUUUCGUGUCAAAUGUUCACUCACUUCAGAUACCUCUCAAAUAGUAAAAAUGGUAGCAUUAAGUCUUUGAACAAGAUCCUAAAUGUGGGCUUUCCACGGCAGUUUACUAUGUAUCUGAACACCUAUAAAUUUGAACUGUUCAGUUUCACCAAUCAUAUGCCCAUUCUUUGAAAUUAAAACAUCAGGUUUUGUUGAAUUGUGUGUUAGUAACUGUAAAAACUGAGUCUUACUGUGAUUUAGUGUUCAUUUUCUACAAGCCAUGAACUUAGGUCAUGAACUGCACUAUUUGAAACAGAGCCAAUGUUGUACACAACAUCCUUUACUACCGAGGUAGUGCCAUCAGCGAACAGAAACAUUUUAGAAUUACCCAUAAUACUAGAGGACAUAUAAGGGACAUGAAUAAUGUUGGUUGUUAAAGUAAGAGGUGAACCAACUGUGAGCUACUCCCCUUAUUCCAUAAUGGUCCAACUUCUGGAGCAAUAAUUUGUAAUCAACACAAUCAAAUGCCUUAGUUAAAUCAAAAACUGUGCCUAGUGUUCGAAACCUUUUGUUUAACUCAUCCAGUAUCUCACAGAGAAGAGAAAAUAUAGCAUUUUCAUUUGUUAAAUGGCUUUUAGAGCCAAACUGUACUUUUGAUUGCAAAUUGUGCAAUAUAAAAUGAUCAAUUGUCCUUACAUACAUGACCUUUUCAAUAACUUUAGCACACACUGAUGGCAUAUCAAUAGGUCUAAAAUAGUCUACAUUAUCCCUUUCUCCCUUUUUAUAAAGUGACUUUACUAUUGAGUUCUUUAAUUGUUCAAGAAACAGACCAUUCCUAACGGUAAAAUUACAAAUAUGGCUAAAUGCAGGGAUAAGAUGUGCAACACAGUUUUUUUAAUAUUCUGGUAAUAUUGUGUAAAAAGAGAAUGUCAUGGUUAAAAGAAAGUUAGUGCCAUACUCAGGCACAAACUGAAAUAGUGUUUUUUACAAGGAGCUGCAUUAAACACAUCUGAUAUGAUA